UUAGUUAUUGUUAAUAUGAAAAUGUAAUUUUAUUUUAUUUCUAUUAUAUUGUGGUCGUAAAUACGGAUGAAAUAAGGAUGUAAACUGAAUUGGGUCCUAAAUUAUCUAGGGUUUCAAAUACGAAAAGUUGUUGGUCGAACCGUUAUUAUCCUAGGCUUCCCUGUAUAUAAUAUUUAUCCAAUUUAAUAACUAUACAUUGAGAUCAGACAAUAUAAAGGUAAUCUUUCCUCCGUCAGUGAUCUCACACUAAUGACAUAGAGGUUUAUCUUUGGAUAGAGUUAUUGGAUAGCAAUAUUUGGAAUGAUGUUGCGAGAAACAAAUACCCGAGUUAUUAAUGCAUACAUAAAACCCGCCUCUGAAAGUGCGUAGGUUAUAUAUGAAUUUUUUAUUUGGCAGGGCUUGCCAUCAAACAUCCACCAUGGCUCAGUCAAUCAACGAUGCAAGAUGCACUCGACGAAUAACGAGCCAAGUAAGGAAAAUCGUAUUGAAUAUCUACAAGUAUCUCCGAUAUCAAGAUGUACAACAAAGUGAAACUGACAUCGAGCUAAGGACUGCCUCUGUUACGGGGAUCUCCGUUCGAUCUCUUCACAGAAUAAAACAGCAACACAGAGUUGGUGUAAUAAAAUCUCCACCUUCUAGGACCAGGAUAUCGCCAGUGAUGGGAACGGUGGAUGAUUUUGAUAAGGACUGUAUACGACGAGAGGUACUCGCUUUCUAUGAGAGGGGUGAAAUUCCAACCGUGAACGCUCUGCUGAAAAGGGUGAAGAAACCACCUGUUAGAUUCUCUGGCGCCUAUUCUUCACUCCACAAGAUUGUGAAACAACUUGGGUUUCGUUUUAAGAAAGUACAAAGUGGCAGAUGCAUUUUAAUGGAAAGAAAUGAUCUUGUUGUUGCAAGAAACAAAUACCUGAGACUCAUUGCUGAAAACAGAAAAUCCAGCAGCCCAAGGCCAGAAAUAUAUUUAGACGAAACUUGGGUAAACCAAAACGAGUGUUGGACAAUGGCUGAUGGAUCUGUAGACCCAAAACUGAAAACCGGGAAAGGAGCUAGAUAUAUUAUUCUGCAUGCUGGUGGGGAAGAUGGAUUUGUACCUGGGGCUUUUUUAUUUUUUAGAUCAAGCAAUGGUAAUAAGGGGGAUUACCAUGACAGCAUUAAUCACACAUGCUUCCAGUCUUGGUUCCAGACACAGUUACUCCCAAACAUUCCAGCUCAUUCUCUCAUAGUGAUGGAUAAUGCAUCAUAUCAUUCUCAAAUUUUAAAUAAAGCACCAGCCAGUAAUUCCAAGAAAUGUGAAAUUAUCCAGUGGCUAACAGAACACAAUAUUGCUCAUGACCCAUCCCAUACAAAAUUUGAACUUCUUAGUCUUGUCAAAUCACACAAAAAUAAGCAGGUAUAUGAAGUUGACCAAAUAGCCUGUGAUGCUGGUCAUGAAGUACUUAGACUUCCCCUUUAUCAUUGUCAGCUUAACCCCAUAGAAUUAAUUUGGGCUAAAGUAAAGACUGAAGUGAAAAAGUACGAUUCAAAUACCAACCAGACGUUAAAAGGGGUUGAAGAAAUAACUAAGAGUGCAAUAGACAGAGUAACUUCACAAGACUGGAAGAAAUGUAUAUGUCAUACAAGACUGGUAGAAGAUGAGUAUAGAAGGAAAGACAUUGCUCUUGAACAUCUAACAGACAAUUUGGUGAUAAACACCGAUGAUGACAGUAGUGAAUCUGACAAUGAUGAAUGAGGUAAUCACAGUUUAUGUAAUAAACUAGAUACCGUAAAUUGCUGUGUAUAAGUCGACAUUUUAAGCUUGAAAAUAUCUCUCCAAAACCAGGGUUCGACUUAUACUCAGAGUAUAAAAUGUGAAGCUGUACCACAUAGUGGUAAACAAGUGGAACAGCCUGCCUAACACUGCAUCACUAACUCUCGUGGCCUGCCGCUAAUAUUUCCUACUGAAAUUCAUGUUUGGUAAACUUAUUUAACAUAGACAUUAUAAUAAAAUAGUAAAUUCCAGUACAGUAUAAUAUAUAUAUACAGUGGGGCAUGCUAUAACGAACGGAUCCUACUAUGAAUAUUCC